AUGACUAACAUAUUGAAUUGUCAAUAUAAUAAUCCAAAUCAAGAUGAUUUUUGGAUUACUGGAGAAAUUAUUUCUAUUAAAUGGAAAAGAGGAUGUUUAAGUUCUGAAAGGUGUACUAAUCCAAGAUUUCAAAUAAAUUCACAAUUAUUAGAUGAUCCUGAUAUUCAAAGACUUGACUUUCCAUUGACUACUGCUAAUACAAGAACAAUAUAUUUUAAUAAUUAUUUUCCAAAUGGUAAACCUCAUCUAUUAACUUUAUCUAUGAAAAUUAUUGGAGUUGAUCCUCUAUAUAAUAUUCCACUUGAUUGUGAUAAAACAAUAAAUGUUCGUGUUUUUGAUAUUCCUUCUAAUGGUAUUCAAAAAGUUUUGGAAGAAGAUGAUGAAAGACCAUCUAUUUUGGAACUUCAGGCAAAAUGUUUUACAGCAAUAAUUCAAGUAAAAAAAUAUGAAAUUUUAUGUCCAUGGUGUCCAAAAAUUGAGAAGAUAGAAGAAAAAAAUAUUAAUGAUAAUUUACCAGUUAGUCUUGCAUUAGGACAACUAGAAAUUACACAAACAACUUUUUAUUACAUAAUAAGUGUACUUCUAUUAGCUAUAAUUUUAUCCAUAAUGGCUAUUAUUUUUCUAUUUAUUAGGCAGAGAAAAUUAGCAAAAUCAAAUGUAAUACCCUCUAAUAUUACAAUUUAUCCACAAACUAGGCCAUCAUCAAAAACAAAAAUUGGUAUUCAUAAUGAUGAUGGGGGUUAUGAAACAAUUGAUGAAAUUGAACAUUUAACAAAAUUACCUUUUUAUAAUCGUACUAUAACUCCAUCUUCGGGAUAUACCUCUUCACAAAACUCUUCAACAUCAAUAUAUAGAAAUAAUCAAUGUGCCGAUAUAAACAUAAUUGCUAAUUACAUAUAA